AAUUAAUUCUCUUUCACUUUCUCCACAAUUCAAUCCUAACUUCUACACUCAUAGCUUCUCUUAUUUUUCAGGAUUGCUCGACAGUCUCAUCAAAGUUAUUAUCAAUGGCCUCAAAUUUUUCAGCUCGUUCUUUAUUCGUGCUUCUUGUUGUUCUCUCUUUGACAAACUUCAAUUCCGCAGCCAGGUUACUUGCUGAUACCCAACAAACCCUUUUGUUCAAAUACCACAAUGGCCCUCUUCUUACGGGUAAAAUUUCCAUCAAUUUGAUUUGGUACGGUAAUUUCAAACCCUCACAGCGUGCAAUUGUCUCUGAUUUUAUUACUUCCCUUUCCUCUGUUAAGCCUACAAUAGCCCAGCCUUCUGUUUCUACAUGGUGGAAAGCAACUGAAAAAUACUACCAUCUCAUCAAAUCUAAGAAAACUUCUGAUCUUGGACUCUCUUUGGGUACCCAGAUUGUAGAUGAGAGUUACUCGCUGGGUAAAUCGCUUUCUAAUAAGCAAAUUAUUGAAUUAGCAUCAAUGGGUGGCCAAAAAGAUGCGAUCAAUGUGGUUUUGACAUCGGGAGAUGUAGCUGUUGAUGGGUUUUGCUCUAGCCGAUGUGGAACUCAUGGGUCUUCUGUUUCUACUCAAAAGAUGAUGAAUCGCAAAAACUCUAAAUUUGCUUACAUUUGGGUUGGUAAUUCAGAGACCCAAUGCCCAGGUCAAUGUGCCUGGCCAUUCCACCAGCCAAUCUAUGGACCACAGGGCUCACCUCUGGUUGCGCCAAAUAAUGACGUGGGUGUUGACGGUAUGGUGAUCAAUUUGGCUAGCCUUUUGGCUGGGACUGUGACUAACCCAUUUGGUAAUGGAUAUUAUCAAGGUCCAAAGGAAGCUCCUUUAGAGGCUGCCUCAGCUUGUCCUGGUGUUUAUGGCAAAGGAGCCUAUCCUGGUUAUGCAGGUGAUCUCUUGGUGGACUCAGGAACUGGUGCCAGCUAUAAUGCGCAUGGUAUUGAUGGCAGAAAAUACCUGCUUCCUGCUUUGUUUGACCCAUCGACCUCUACUUGUUCUACAUUAGUUUAAACAAGGAUUAUUAUAGCUUAGAUAUUUAUAGUGUUUAUUGUUAAGAUAUUUAGAAGAAAUUCUUUAAUUCUUUUGAUAUAGUAUUAUUUAUCAUUUGACGGUAAUAGCAAAUUUGAGAAAAUAAUUGUUAUCACACUA